CUUAGGUUUCCAUAGGCAUGAUGCUGUCCCAAGACAAUUCACAUUCUUUGUGACAAUGAGCUAUGCUUGCCUGCGCCUCAGCCCAUGGGGCUGAUCAACCGUGCCAGGCAUCGUAGCUUGUGGUUCCUUGGCUUUCUGGUCCUUUGCAUCACUGCUGGGGCCGCGCGGUUGGUGCGGGUGCAGCUCUUGCGAUGGUACCAAGAUCGAAAGCGACAGCAAAGCCUGUGUGAUCCCACCUUCGGGAAGGCGGUCUACAAUCCUCGGCGGAUUGCAGAGUCCUGGGAGGAUUUCCUGGAUGCCUUAGGCUUCCAGAGCAGUCCCAUACGACAACAUGUGAGACAGCUCUUCAAUCGGGAGGAUUUGGAGGAACAGUUGCAAGGUCUGUUUGAUGCAUUGUCGGGUGGACUCCCCGCACUGGACAAAGGUGGCUUCUUGAAUUUCAGCUCCAACAUUCGUGGACAGGUUCAUGUUUUGAUGGAUAUGAAAACAAAGAUCUCGUUGCUCCCUCCAACAGCAGAGGACUCGCAGUGGAUCCAGCAGAACUUCGAUGCAGUUUUCCCUGCAGAAGAGCCUUUGGACCGCGCAGCCUUUCCUGGCGUGGCCAAGGCGAACCUCAGCUAAACCGUCCAGUCAGGAACAGAAAGCAUCAGGCCAAGGCCUUGGCCAAACAUCCCUCUUCAAGGAUUGGAAAAACCAAGAGCACGCCAGCCUGUGGCUGUUUGGCUGUUGGCUUUGUUAGUGUGUGUUUGGCCAAAGCGACCGAUGAACCGGCUGCUCGCUGCUACCAGUUGGUGCUUUUGAGAAGGGUUGUCCGCACCCUCAUCGAAUACGUGUGGCGCCUAGCCUAUAGCGACUGGCGCCCAGGUGUUUUAUUCUGUUUCUGUCGGUUGCUUUUAUAUGUUUCAAAUUCUUGUAAGCAAUAGCAUUCUUCUUGAAGGGCAGUAUAGAGCCCGAAACCCAAUGGCUAGGGCUUUGCGAGACACAUCUAUGAAUCCUCUCUUGUGUCUUCUGGAAGUCAUUUUCAAGGAUUCAAACAAUCAGUUUAA